CGCUCGCGUGCAUAAGUAAGAGCGCAGCCGAUGGAUGGCCGAAUCCAUUGGCUCAACAGCGAAGCUGUCUCGCAAGCCGCCGCAGCUAUUCUGGACUCCACGAGCUUUGACUCUUGACGGAGGAAGGAGAACUUCGGUAGCCGACGUUCCUCGAAAGCGCUAGAACCUUGAACCGAGAGAAAACUCAAGGCGGUAAUCCGGUUCUCUCGCUCCUCCGCAUUUUCUCGACUUCGGAACGUUUCUCCGGCGGAUUCCGCUUCGGAACUGAGGUCGGAGCAGUGAAAUGCGGCCUUCGAUCGUCAACCUCGCUUGCGUUUUCCUGGUUCUCUUCAGCUCCUCGUUCUCGCUCUCGCUCGGCGAUCCUCGAAUCUCGGAGGCGGGCAUUCUAUGCCUCACAUCCAACGUCACGUCCACCGCGAACGUCGUCUCGAACUUCCUCAACGUCAUGCUGAAAAUUGCCGCGAAAGUUACUGAAGAUCGCUGGGGUAAUGAUUCCGUAACCUCUCCGUUGCCGGAAAUCUAUGCACUGGCUCAGUGCCAUGGCGACCUGAGCUACGACGAUUGCCUCCUCUGUUUCGCGCAGAGCAGGACUAUACUUCCUCGAUGCACUAUCUUGGAUACUAAGGGGCGGUUGUAUCUCGACGGUUGCUUCAUAAGGUCCGAUUACUAUAAUUUCUUUAAUGAGACCGUCGAUCCGCAGCACGACAUGGUCAAGUGCGCCAAUCAGUCCAGCGUUUCAGCCGACCAGCAGGCGAGGCAGCAGUUCGCCGAUAAGGUCGACUGGGUGCUAAGGAAUGUGUCGGCCGUCGCGCCGGAGAACAAGGGGUUUGCUGUUUUCGGAGAGGCGAGGAGAGGAGGAGUUGCCGGUGUUUAUGCACUGGCGCAGUGCUGGAACACUCUCGACGAGAAGGGGUGUGGGGAGUGCUUGGCGGAUGCGAUGAUCAAGGCGAGGAACUGUACUCCUGGGGAUGAAGGGAGGGCUAUGAAUGCUGGCUGUUUCGUGCGAUAUUCCACUCAGAGGUUUUAUACUGUCCAUACAGAUGGUGACUCGUCAAAGCUUGGGAUCAAAAUUGCUAUUGCUUCAUCCGUUGCCGCUGCAACAUCACUUCUUUUGGUCGGUGCCUAUGUUGGAUACAGACAAUUAUCCAAGAAAAGAGAAGUCCAGAAGAAACUCUUUGGUGUUCCAGCAAUCGUAAGGAAGUUGAAUCUGAAUUUUAAUUAUGAAUCGCUUGAAAAGGCUACGGACUUCUUUGAUGAGUCGAGGAAAUUAGGCCAAGGAGGAGCUGGUUCUGUAUUCAAGGGGAUCCUCCCUGAUGGAAGAGUUGUUGCAGUAAAAAGACUGGUGUUCAAUACUCGUGAGUGGGUGGAUGACCUCUUCAAUGAGGUAAAUCUGAUCAGUGGAAUCCAACACAAGAACCUAGUCCGCCUUCUGGGUUGCAGCAUUGAAGGCCCAGAAAGCCUCCUAGUUUAUGAAUAUGUUCCCAACAGAAGCCUUGAUCAAAUCCUCUUCGUUAAGAAUGCGACCCGUAUCCUGAGUUGGCAGGAGCGGCUUAAUAUUAUCUCCGGAACAGCUGAGGGGCUGGCAUUUCUUCAUGGACCUUGUGGAGUGAAAAUAAUACACAGAGACAUCAAAAGCAGCAAUGUCCUUCUCGACGAGGAUCUCACAGCAAAGAUUGCUGACUUUGGACUUGCUCGAUGUCUUGAUCCAGAAAAAUCUCAUCUUAGCACCGGUAUCGCAGGGACACUGUAAGAUUCUGGUCUUUAAUUUUUUUUCUCUUUUUGUUUCAAUCAAACCAGUUUAGAUAACAUCUACAUGUAGAGAAGACUGGAUUGGCUAUUUGAACUGCCACGUAUUUUGAGUACAGAAGAUAAGCAUGUGAUAUAGGGCUUAAAGUGAGAGCGGCGUUGUAUCAAAUAAGAAUUGCUCUCUUUUUCCCUAACUUUCUCAGGUCUGGUUUGGGGAAUUUGU